CUCGUGCCGCUAUGCCUGGUGCGCGGCGUCCCGGCGUUGCUGUAUACGCUGCGCUCCAGUCGCCUGCCCGGAAGGCACAAAGGGGACGUCAGUUUCCCAGGCGGCAAGUGUGACCCUGCUGACCAGGACGUGGUGCACACAGCACUGCGGGAGACCCAGGAGGAGCUGGGCCUGGCCGUGCCCAAGGAGCGCGUGUGGGGCAUUAUGCGGCCUGUGUAUGACCAGGCAAAGGCCACUGUGGUACCUGUGCUUGCCAGCGUGGGCCAGCUGGAUCUGCAGAGCCUCAGGCCCAAUCCCGAGGAGGUGGAAGAGGUGUUUGUACUACCCUUGGCACACCUGCUGCAGACCCAGAAUCAGGGUUAUACCCACUUUUGCCAGCAUGGCCACUUCAGCUACACACUGCCUGUCUUCCUGCAUGGACCACACCGUGUCUGGGGACUUACAGCUAUCAUCACUGAGUUCACCCUACAGCUGCUAGCCCCUGAUACCUACCGACCCUACCUGUCAGCCCUCUGCUGCUCAGUGGCUGAAGGCCUGUCCUCCAGGACUGAAUAAAGUAUAUGGACACUCUAGGCUCCUGCACCUUCUGUAUGGAAGCCCUGACUUUGGACAGACACUGAGGCCACUGGUGGGCCAGAAACAGUUUCCCACAGCAGGGGCACUCCCUGUGUACUUGGAGUCAUUUCAUUUCACUCUCAGCAGCUUUGUGCAGUCCCUGGCUAGUAAAGCUGGAGCUCAGUGGGGAUAGAGAAUUUUCCCUAGGCCACCCCUAGCUGUGAUUUGAACUUGGCCUCUCAGGCUUGGAAGCCCACCCUCUUACUGCCAAACUGCACAGGUCUCCAUGUGUGUCUUUCAUCAUCUUCUUUGUGCCUGGCUGCCCCAUGCUGGGCUUUGGGAUCCAGAGAAGAGUCCAUCACAGUCACACCUCAGAUGCUACACGAUGAGCCCCUGCUGCAUGCCACACAGUGUGGGCACCUGACAGAUGCCCUGUCCUCCCGAGUGGAGGGUGCUCAGUCCAGGGAGAACUUAGACCAGUUCAUACAGAUAAUAGUAUGACUGUACCCUAAUAAAUCACAGACAAUAGUGAAAUUAUACAUCCAUUAUGGAAGAGCAGGGUUCUAUGAGGCAGUUGAGGGGUGGUGGUCCAACCUUGACAUAGUGGUAUGAGAAGACUUCUUGGGUGGUAUCAGCCAAGACAAGCAAUAGAAAACUCUGCCCACCAGCUAGUCUUAUCGAAGAGAACUGUUCAUCACAAACUCCAGAGAUGACUAGCUUCAGGCGUGGCUGAAUCCAGGGGUUCAGUACCACCCCCUCUCCUCCACUGUACUGGUCUCUAAGGGGGUUGUAGAGUCCAGAGAUAUCAGAGAUGAGGAAAGGUCAACAGUUCUAGGAUAGCACAGCACCACCAUCUAUCUCAAGAGGCAACAGCUUCUCUUUGCUAGGCAGUCUAACUUAGAAUUGUACUUCAUUAGCAGCCUUAGUCACAUGCCCUUUUCUAAGACUGUCACGUGGCCUGCUAGAUUUAGGGUACUUGGCAGGGCCUCAGGUACAGAUGUAGGGAGGAGGCUGAACCCCCUGGACUGAAAGAGAAAGGUGACCCCCAAGGAAUACUUGAGGCUCAUACUGUAUACAAAAUGCAUUAAAGACUUCAAUGUAAUGCUUGAAAUGGCAAGACUACUAUGAGAAACCAUAGAGGAAAUGUUCCAGAUAUUGGUAUGGGUAAUUAUUUCCUUUAUAAGUCCCCAAAAGUGCAGGUAAGAAAAGUAAAAAUAUAAGAUUGCAUUAAAAAAAAAAAAA